ACAGUCAGGCAAAUAAAUCACAGGACAUGUAGAGCUCACUUUAUCAAGUCUCCUACACUACAGUUAGGCUAUAAUUAUUUUGAAGCUAAUUAUUCCAACCUCCCAGGGCAGGCCGGUCAGCACUAUGGCAACAAGUCAUGAUCUUGGUGAUCAACUCUAUGAGGCUUCCGAGGGCGGUCAUGUGAACGUGGUGGAGAAACUACUGGCUAGAGAAGCUCCUCUGAACUGGAGGAACAUUGGUUACUAUGGACGAACCGCUCUCCAUGCAGCAUGUCUUAACAACAAACCUGAUGUAGUGAAGGUAUUGACACAGCAAGAUGACAUCAAUGUCCAAGUACAGGAUACCAUUCUGAAGCUUACUCCCCUGCACUACGCCUGCUGGGUGGGACACCUGAAAUGUGUCCAGUUACUGAUGGCAACUGGACAGUGUGACCUAGGAGCUGUGACUAGUGAUGGACUAACUCCACUGGGAACAGCAGUCAGAUGGGGGCACCUGGGCAUUAUCAAGUACCUGAUCAAGGAGUACAACGUGAAUGUCAAUGUGUCUGAUUCACCACUUGAACUAACUCCACUGGGAGAGGCGGUCAGAUGGGGGCACCUGGACAUCAUUAAGUACAUUAUCAUGGAGUACAAUAUGGAUGUCAAAGGAGCUGUAACCAGUGAUGGACUAACUGUACUGGGAGUGGCAGUCAGAAAGGGGCACCUGAACAUAAUCAAGUUCCUCGUCACUGAAUGUGAUGUGGAUUUCAACGAUUCUGCACAAGCAGUUCGUAUCCUAGAGCUGACACUGAAAGAUAACGGAGAUGUAGCGACCAAAAUUAACGAGAACAAUCAACUUCUCCUGGCUUGCAAGUUUGGGUACACUACACUUGUCCGGUAUCUGAUUAAUAAGUGCAAUGUGGAUGUUGAUAGAGCUGUGACCAUGAAUGGACUAACUCCACUGGGAAUGGCAGUGAAAUGGGGGCACCUGAACACUAUCAAGUACUUGAUCUCAGACUGUAAUGUGGAUGUUAACGGAGUUGUGACCAGUGAUAGACUAACUCUACUGGAAGUGGCUGCCAGAGAGGGGCACCUGGACACCAUCAAGCACUUGAUCUUGGAGUGCAAUGUGGACGUUAAAGAUGGUCUUCUACUAAUUGCCUGCAAGUAUCAGCAUACCAAAAUCGUUGAGUAUCUUCUGAAUGAUGUUAGCUGCGACCCCAAUGUCAAGGAUGACGACCGACAAACACCACUCUCUCUAGCAUGGAACAAAGAUAUUAUUCAACUCUUGUUACAGCACGGGGCUACAGCCGGAGAUGUUUAUACAAAUCAUCGCAAAGCUCUUGGUAAAGUUUUUUCGAAGAAUCCUCUGAAAAACCCAGUGAAAAUGCUUGUUAUCGGUCACGGUGGAGAAGGAAAGAGCACUCUCAUUGAAGCAAUGGAACAUGAGCCAACUGCACUCACAUCUCUAGUCAACAUCUUUGUCUCCCCUAAAGAAGUCGAUGGAGUCAGCCAGAAAACAGCCGGAAUCAUCCCUCGAUUAUUCAAAAGCAGCAUAUUUGGAGAGGUGUUGGUGUGUGACUUUGCUGGUCAGGAGGCCUACUACAGCAGUCAUGCUGCCAUUAUCAAGUCAGCAGUCUAUGCAUGUCGCCCCAUUAUUGUCUUAGUCCUUGGGCUCCAUAGAGACGACACCCUUACCACCUAUUCUAUCUCUUAUUGGUUAGGGAUCAUUGCCAAUCGGUGUGCCAACAUAGAGGGCACAGUCCCACUCAUUGUGGUAGGUAGCCAUGUCGAUUGCUUAACCGACAAACAGAAAAUUAAAAUUUUGAAAAAAGAAGAGAUUGUUUUACAAGCUGUUUCAAGAUAUCCGACCUUGGAUCUGUUGAAGUUCAUUCCCAUGGACAAUCGCUACUCCAAUUCUAGCGGCAUGAAAAUACUACGAAACACUGUCGGCCCUGCUUGUGCCCGCAUUCGAUCAAAGUUGGCCGUUUCUUUAAAUGCACACAUGUUCCUGAUUUACCUUGUUCGCAAGGAUGAGAUUGCAGUAUCACUGGAACAAGUUCAGCGACAAAUUAAAGAGGAAUCCAGUCAAGUUCUGUCCAAGAAGCACAAAGAAGCUGUACCGUUCAUUCCGACAACCAUUCCUCGUCUUGUUGAAAUCUGUUUUCAGCUCAAUGAUAAAGGUCACAUCCUCUUUCUACACAAUACUGUCUCACCAGAGAUGAGCUUCAUUGUCCUCAAGAAACAAGAGCUUUUGGGUGAAGUCAAUGGCACCAUAUUUGCUCCAGAGGAUUUCGAUCAGCACUGUCAACUCUCCACAAGCACUGGUGUGGUACCUUGCUCCAAACUGGCUGCUCACUUCUCUAACUUGGAUACUGACAUGCUCACUGGAUUCUUGAUUCAUCUUGAGUUCGCUGUGCCCAUUGAAGACCCAGAAGUUCUCCGUCUUAUUGAUCAGCAUCGAAAAAAUGUUGGCGAGUCAGUAACGCUCGACGAGAAAUAUUUCUUCUGUCCUGCUCUCAUCCGAUUAGAUGUCCGCACGACAAUUUUCAAGCAUCGAGACGACCUCGCUUAUCAUUUCGGUUGGGUAAUGUCAUGCUCUCACAAGGACCAGUUUCUUGACGCUCGAUUUCUCCAUGUUCUUUUGCUUCGGAUAUCUCUCUCCCUGGGGCUUGCUCCUGUGAUAGAUCCUGAUAUCCCCUCUCUCCAACACCAAUGCUCUGUCUGGAAGACUGGUGUUUGUUGGGGCACGGCUGACGGUGUCAAGGUGCUGGUGGAGGUUGUCAACAAAAAGAAAGCGGUUGUUUUAAUUCAAGCUCACCAUCUCUCACUGGACCUCUUCAAGCUGCGCUCCAUUGUGAUAAAGAAAGUUGUGGACACUUCAAUUGAGUUGUGCUCUACUGUAGUCACUGAGGAGGCCCUCCUUCCUCCUGACAGUGUAACCUACCCUCUGGAAGAUACACACGUCUUUGAUCUCAAAUCCAUCGCUGAAAGCAUUGUAGGCCAAAAGAUGUGUGUAGUAUCGACUAACGGUGUAGACCCUAUGCCAUUGAGUGAGCUUCUCCAAGCUGAGGUGUACGCUGAUCUCGGUGAGAAUAUUCUACAAGCUCUAUGCAACCCAGCACACGAUAAGAAACUCUCUGAUGGACUCCUCUCUGCUCUUUCAUCUUGUUGGAGCAAGAAUCCUAAACUCUCCGACAUAGUUCGUUCAGCUGUUUCUAGUGACAUUAAGAGCACACAUCGAAUCAGUGGUAGUCUAGAGCAUGUUCUGAGGGCAAGCAUCACUGGGGAUUCUAGUGGUGAAGCACUGAGAAGAAUUCUGGAUCCACUUAGUGUGUUUGCUGGACGGAACCCUCUCGAACUAGCUGGUGUUGCUGCUAAGGAGACUAGUGAUUAUCUACUACCAGCCCCCAGGCCAAUAGCAAACUGUCCAAGCACAGACUCUCUCCCCGUUGUGGCUGGAGCAGCUCCAAUGGUUGAGAAUUGGUCAGUAAGAGAGAGGACUCAAGUCAGAGCAGAAGUCAGUCAAACCACACGCACUAAAGAAGAAUUGGUGGUGAAUGGUCUAACACUCGCUGUUGUUAAAAGGAGGACUGGAAUCAGUGACACCCAGCUGGACACAGAGAUCAUAGAACACGAUCUGUACAACUUGGCUGACUGUUUCGAUAAUGUGGACACGUACCUUCUCAAGCUACGCCUGACUCCUGGCCAACAAACUGAUAUCAAAUACCUUGCUUUUCGACGGUCUACUCAAAUAGCCAUGGCCGAAGCUUUGAAGCUGUGGCGUGCCCCCAAUCCUCUUGUUGCCACGUUCCGAGCCCUGUUGACCAUCUUACUGGAUCUCAAGAGAGGAGACGUGGCUGUUCGGGUGUGUCAGUACAUUGCUGACAGAGUUCCACAAUAAGAACACUCAACACUUAUCUUGCUGCAGUGCAUGUGCAUUUAUUCCCACACUCACACAUCCUUUAAUCUUAUACACACUUUCUAUCAUGCUGUUUAUUUUGGCUGAAGACGUUUACUCAGUUUUUAUGCACUUGCAAUCAUCACGAACACAAUUUUAUGUUAGUCAUGCAUGCAUUCAUCAGUAUUCUGCUUCAAUUACCAUGCUACAUAAUUCAUAAUAAUAUUUAUUUUGAGCAAUAAUAAAAUUCUCUUGACAAUUUACUUAUUGCUGUGACA